UCCGGAUUUUCGCCGAGACGCUGGGCGACUGAGAGGGAAGGGGCGGACGCACUACGGCUGCCGGGACCGCUCGCUCCCUCCGGCCGAGGAAACUGCUACGGCGGCAGGUGGAGUCGCGGAGGAGGGUCCAGAGAGCCCGCGGAGCCGGCGGACAGGGUCCUUCCUGGGAAGAUGACCUACUAUGGAAAGUGCAUUGAAAUGGUAAUUGAGCAACUGGACAGAUUUAAGCCUGGGAAGGACAACCCUGAGCUGUUCCUGGAGGCUGCAUCUACCUCCCUGCAGGCUCUGAGCUCCCAGAAGCAGGCAUUCGUGUUGGAGGUACUAUCCGGGUGCCUUGAGUACCGCAAGUUACUGACCGUCGUGGUGGAUGCUUUCUACGUGCGGGAUGGCCGGCUCUGCCUGUGGGCUGACUACAACCGCUUCCAGGUGAUCUGCUACCUGGCCAUGUUCCUGCUGGAGGAGCUUGGCUUCCAGCUCUUUUGUAAUAUCAUCAAGUCUCAGCCUGCUGUGAAGAUGCACAAGUUCCUUGGGUUCUUUUUCAACCCCUUAAACCUGUGCUCGUGGAUCAAGGAUGAGUGGAGCCUCAUCUACGAGACAGCCCACGUGAAGGAGAACUGGAUCGACCCGCUGAUGAGGUGGCAGCCAGAGGUCCAGGAGCUGAUCAACCAACUGGAAGGAGUGUCAGCCAGUCAAACCUCUCUUUCAAAGACCAAGGCCAAGGUCACAGAGCCUAAGGAAUUCAACCUGACUGCCCCUAGGCCCCGUGCCAUUCCAGUGCCUGAGCCAGUUCCCGUUGUAGCCAAGCCAAGACCAGUCCCUCAGAGCACCUACCAGCUGCCCAAGGAACAGCAGCUGCUGGAGAUGGUUAAGAGAUAUAAUCGCCGAAAGGCUGAGGAGCUGCUGCUGCAGGCAAACAUGGAAGAACUGCGGUGCGCCAUGCCCAGGUCUCGUGGGGAGCCGCCAGUGCAGGACUCCCAGAAGAAGCCACGGCUCCGAUUCCCACCCCGAAUCCAAAAGACUCCGAAGCUGACCCUCUACAAGCCUGACAACAUUCCAGUCAAGUUGAACACCGCAGCCAUCCUGCGAGAAGGGGCCUUGUACCAGCGGCAGGUGGAGAAAGAGCUGCAGAGGGUUGAUAAGCUUGUGGAUGGAGCUGGGGACUUCUCUGAGUUCCUCGAGUGGCAGAAGAAGAUGCUGGCAAAGGACCGGGAGGAGCAGGCGGCGGCGGACGAAUGCCGACGGCUGCAGGGGAAACUCAGCCACGAGGAGGCCGUCCUGGCCCGGCAGCAGCUCAUGUGGGAGAACAGGCAGAAGGCUGAGCAGCAGAAGGAGGAGACAGCUGAGCUGAUGCUGCAGUGUGCUGAGAGGCGUCUCCAGGAGGACAGGUCCAGGAAAGAGCUGGUGGAGCAGGUGAUGGAGGGACAGAAGAACGUCAAGGUGGCUCAGACGAAGCUUGUGAAAGGCCGACGGCAGAUAGUUCAGGAGGUGAUAGAGGAGAGCCGGGAGCUGCUGCAACGCAGCGCUGAGGCCACCAAGGAGGAACAGAGGCGGCGCUGUGAACUUGUCUCCCAGCUGCGCGCACUGGAGGCCCUGCCCACGCGCAAGGGCAAGCUUGUGGACCUGACCCAGAUUCCCGGCUAUGGCCUGGAAGGAGAGAUGUCCGUCGUGGAGCUGCGUGAGCGGCUGGCCCUGCUCAAAGAGACCCAGCAGCGCGAGGAGGAGGAAAAGCGGGAUCAAAUCAUCCAGGGCAAACGUGCCAAGAGCCAGGAGCUGCAGAACACGGUGGAGCAGAUCUCUCUGUGCCGUGCAGCCAUGGGGAGAUCCGCGGCCCUAAGGUCGGUUUCAGGCCGAGGGAGGGUAGCUCUGUAGGCAAGGAGUAGCAGCCUUGCCUUUGCACCUUCCUGGGUGGGUUUCCUU